AGUAGCCGCGCUGAAGUGACGAGCAAGCCAUGUCAAACGACAAAGAGGAUACUUUGAAGCUAACGCCCUAUCAGGGAAAGUGUCGUGCUUUCGGGAGGUUCAAAUGUGAAAAAUGCAACAGAGAAUGGUCGUCGGCUCACACAUGGGCCAACUGCUGGCAGAAGUGUUUCGACUGCAAUGUUCAGCUCUAUCCGUUCCGCCAGUGGAAGCUGAAGAAACGAAAUAACAGCGGCGUGGCUGAACCCGGGAAGAAACAUCAAAGUUCACUGUGUGGCAAAUGUCAAAUGUUGGGUCACCCGUGUUCGAAAUGGAGCCAUUAAACCGCUGAAAAAUAACAAUCCACUUACGGAGGCCGAUGGCUACAGCUGGACGAGGGCAAAGGGGGACGCAACACAUCACACCCGGGGACGGAUUGAUUCAAAGUUUCAGUUUAUUACACGACGAAAGAGUGUACACAUUGUUGCCAUCAUCAGCACAGGCUCGCGGGGCGCUAUGAUGGCCGCCUUUUUAUCGGUUUCCAAAGAAUCGUCCAAAUAUGCUACUUCACAAACACAGACACAGAGCGGGCCGGAUGACGAUCGUCGUCGGUCCGUCCCGCGAACACAGGGGGGGAAGAGAAAAGAAAGGAACCAAUCAGCGGAAGAACACAGACCACACAGUGAAAUAUAAACAACGAUUAGUUCGAACGG